CGCGAGCACAGGAAACCCCGCAGGGCGCAGGAACAAUCUAAUUCCACAAAGGAUACGACUGCCUUCACUGAAGGACCUAUUUUAUGCAAACGCACCGCACCGCACAUUAACUGCGUUUCGCGAAACUCUUUCCUUUCUCCCUGAGUAUUUGUUCGUCGGAGUGUCAACGCCCAAACAGGCUGAACUCAUCUCAAGUGGUCAUGAUGUCUGGCGAAGAGGCUCCAACUCAGCAGCAACUCCCCGAACAGGAGAAGAAGACCGACGAACCUGCGGCGGAGGCUCCGCAGGAGACGGCGAGCACCCCUGCAGCCGAGAAGACGCCCCUCUCCUACCGGGCUCUGGUGCUGACGGGCUACGGGGGCUACGAGAAAGUCAAGCUGCAGGUGAAGACGGAGACGCGCACGCAGCUCGGGGCCGGAGAGGUCGUGGUGCGCGUCAAGGCGUGCGGGCUGAACUUCGCCGAGCUCCUGGGCAAACAGGGGCUGUACGAGCUGCUGCCCGCCCCGCCGGUCAUCAUGGGGAUGGAGGCCUCCGGGGUCAUCGAAGCCGUCGGGGACGGCGUGAAGGACCGGCAGGUGGGGGAUAGAGUCAUCGUGUUGAGCCGCUAUGGCAUGUGGCAGGAAGUUGUUGUUGUGCCCGCCAACGUCACCUUCGCCAUGCCCGCGCAGAUGAGCUUUGAGGAAGGUGCUGCUCUCCCCGUAAACUACGUGACGGCCUACAUGAUGCUGUUUGAGAUGGCCAAUGUGAGACCGGGCAAGAGUGUCCUCAUCCAUAUGGCAGCAGGUGGCGUUGGCGUCGCUGUCACCCAGCUGUGUCGGACCGUGUCAGACGUGACGGUGUUCGGCACUGCAUCAGCCACCAAACACGAGACGAUUGCCCAGGGCGGCGUAACUCACCCCAUCGACUACCGCACCAAAGACUACGUGGAGGAAAUUCGCAAAAUCAGCCCGAAGGGAGUGGACAUCGUCCUCGACCCACUCGGCGGUUCAGACACCCAGAAAGGCUUCAGUUUGUUGAAGCCUCUAGGCACGCUUGUAGUCUUUGGUGCAGCCAAUUGUGUGACUGGCCAGAAGAAGAACCUGUUGGCCAUGGCGAAGACCUGGUACAACCAGCUCUCGCUCACCUCGCUCAAGCUGAUGCAGUCCAACAAGGCCGUCUGCGGCUUCCACCUGGGCUACAUCACGGACGAGGAGCUCAUCAGCAGGACGAUGGUCAAGCUGCUGGAGCUCUACGAGCAGGGAAAGAUCAAGCCCCGCAUCGACUCGUGCUAUCACUUCGAGGAGGUGACUGAUGCCAUGAGGCGCAUGCACGACCGCCAAAACAUUGGGAAAGUCAUCCUUCUUCCUCAAGCGAAGACGGCAGAAGCGAAGACGGCGGAAGCGAAGACGGAGGAAGCCAAGUCCGACCCUGAGCCGGUGGAAAAUGUUGAGAAAACUGAAGCUGGCGUCAGCGAGAAGGAAGAAGAGGCCACAGAGGAAGUUAAAGCGGAGGGUUGAGAAAGGAUGUUUAGUUAAAUGAUGUUUUCUUGCACUUCCUGAAUGAGUUCUCUAUUGUUCACGUGUCACAGAGAGAAGACGAGCAAGAUGCCGUGUGUUAUUUGACUGUCGGUAUUUUCUAAUGUUUUUGAAGAUUCUGUUGUGUAAUGAGUGUCGUGUCUCUGUGUGUUUUAAAUGAAAAACAACUGUACUCUAUUGCAUCACGUGAGGAAUAAUGUAUUCUGAUAAAUGGUAGUUAAAACAAAUAUUUUUGGGUCUGAUUGUCUGUAUACUAAUCUGAAACACAUUUCCCUUUGUGUUUUGUCUGUUUGUUCUUUAAUCGGCAUCAUAAAGUCAUUUGAAUGUAAUCAAGAUAUAUUGCUUCGAACUUCUUUAUCGUGUUACACAUCGUUAAUUUGAAGCAAUAAGUAACUGUAAUUAAAUUGACCAACCCCAGCCUAGUUUAUCAGGAAACAUUGUGGUGAGUGUUCUAGUUUCAUGGGUUGUGAUGCAAAACUCUAAUUCCUCUUUCUUGAAUGUUGUUAGACAAAAGUAUCUCUUUGUAUUCUAGUUUGAAUUGUUAUAUUUUUCUCAUGUGCCAAAUUCAAAAUCAGCUUUCACCACUGCCACCAAGUCAACUGUAUGUCUCUCUCUUGGCACUCGGCGGUUUUCUUCUAAACAACGUUGUGCUGAACUUGAGCUAAAACUGUUCAGUUCAUCUCCUCCAUGGAUUGAGCUACUUUCUGAAAUCGCAUUGCCUAUUGAAAAUGAAAAUAUAAGUGUUUACACAACGACAGUAUGUGUUACUAAGUCAUUCCUGUAGGUUAUGAAGAAAAAAUGGGAUUUUGCUUUACUUGCACUUUGUGUUUCUGUGCUCAAUAUUUCUUCAUCUUGAAGCUCUUAAAAUAUAUAUAUAUAGCGAUGGAUUAUCAAGCUUCCAUUUUCUUCACAGUAAUUUGUGUUUUUUUUGUUCUGCUUGCAUGACUAUCUUUGAAUUGGAUGAUCAUGAAUGUUGGGCUAAAGUAUGUCGUGUCCAGCUGUGGGUUUAAAUUAGUGCUGUGAUGCAGAAAGAUGCUCCAGAAGCUGUAGAGAAGAAAAGGGUUUCCCUCAUCCGCACCAGAGCAGCGCCUCACAUUCCUCUCCCACUCCUGCUUUCUGUCUCUUGAAAGAGAGUAAGAACGUUUCACAGAAUAUGCUUCAUAUUAUUUACAUUUGUGACUUUGCCAAGUGUGGCUUCCUUCUCCAGGUAUGAAGUAAGAUCUGAUGUGGAUUUGUUAGUGGGGACUGAAGUCAAUCUGAGCAGAUGGUUGUCCAGAUGUUAAAGGGCGAACGGUGAAGAUUAAACAUUCAAACAAACACUCCUCGGUCAUCUUUUAAUAUUUUUAUGUAAUGCUUUAUUUGACAUUUAUAACAGCCAGAAAAUAUAACUUUAAAACUACAUUAUGUGUGUUAAAUGUAACAUUCAAAAGUGGUUAUCUAAAAUAUCAGUCAUAUUUCCAUUAAAUAAUUUCGCAACAGUUUACUUAACCCUCCUGUUACCGUAUGGUCAAUUUGACCCCAUUCAAUGUUUAACCCUCCUGUUACCUUUAUAUUUACUGACAUAUUUUACCCUUGGGGUCAAUUUGACCCCAGCAAUUAAAACCUCCAGAAAAUUAUUAGAAUUAAUAUUGUUUUCCAAGUUUAAGUGUGAGGUACUUUAUGUUUGUUUGUUGACUACCUAAAUAGCCCUUUAAAUAUAUUAAAAAGUUGAUAUUUCUUAUAUGUUUGACACAGUGAAAAACAGCCUGGGGUCAAAUUGACCCGAAAGAACACCGACAUUAAACAUUGAAUGGGGUCAAAUUGACCCUAAGGUAACAGGAGGGUUAAAUGGAUACAGUAUUCAUCCAUGCAGUGAGGGACAUCUAGUGGUGAAAUAGUGCCUUGAAAUAAGUAUUUAAAGUAUUCUACAGUGUUGCCUGUGAAUGUGUACUGUAGCUUGUCUUGUUAAAUAAAAAACAUAAUUACGA